UAUGAAAAACCUACUACUAAUCACAUUUUUCGUGGUGAGCACUGUCACAGCUCUCGGUGGAAGAGGAUCCAAAUCUGCAUUGGUCUUGGUUGCUGCUCGUUCUUCGGAAAAUCAUCCACUUCAUGCAACUGAUCCAAUCACAAUUUGGUGUGCUCCAGACAAUCCACAGGUUGUCAUAAAAACUGCACAUUUCAUUCGAUCUUCAGAUAAUGAAAAGCUCGAAGCUGCGUUGAAUCCAACCAAGAAAAAUGCGACAUACACCUUUGGAUCACCAUCAGUGAAAGAUGCCGGCGAGUACAAAUGUGAGUUGGACACACCACACGGAAAGAUCAGCCAUAAAGUCUUCAUUUAUUCAAGACCUGUUGUACAUUCUCACGAACAUUUUACUGAGCACGAAGGACAUGAAUUCCAUUUGGAAAGCACUGGAACUACUGUUGAGAAAGGAGAAUCAGUGACAUUGACUUGUCCAGUAACAGGAUACCCGAAACCAGUUGUCAAAUGGACAAAAGAUUCUGCCCCACUUGCUCUCAGUCAAUCAGUUUCAAUGGAAGGAAGUACUGUAAUUGUUACAAAUGCUAAUUACACAGAUGCUGGAACAUAUUCAUGUGAAGCUGUAAAUGAGUAUACUGUAAAUGGAAAAACAAGUAAAAUGUUAUUGGUCGUUGAUAAAAUGGUUGAUGUUAGAAGUGAAUUCCAAUGGGUGUACCCACUUGCUGUUAUCUUGAUAACCAUCUUUUUGCUGGUCGUAAUCAUUGUUUUCUGUGAAUGGAGAAACAAGAAAUCCACAUCCAAAGCCUAAAAUCUGUAAUUGGAAUCCUUAUUUUCUAGGCCUGAAACAUCUUUUUGAAUACUUUUUUAAACUCAACUUUACGGUGUAAGUACAGCCUUCCUAACAAAUUAUACCUAUAGUAUUGCUCUAUUCUUUUAAAUUUCAUAUUUGAUACCUCAAACGCCUUAUUUGCCUCUGCAUGUUUUUUUUGUUCAAUGUUUCGUUAAAUACAAUAAAGUUCCAAAAAAGGU